AUGCCAGCGCAGGAGCAUGAUUUCAUCGUCAAACAGCCGGGCAACUAUUCUCCUAUUGCCAAAAAGGAUAGUGCGGAUGAGAAUGGCUACAGCCCUUGCCCACUUUGGGCGCCUUUCUUUCUGCGGCGUCCGAUCAUGGUCCUCUUUCUGGCUAGCUUUUUAUCAUGCUUAGCUGCACUGGUCGCAUUAUAUGUAUAUAGCCAGCGCCAGGAUCGGAGUUUGGGUAUCAAGACCGAUGGAGAUAGAUAUUACUAUCUCUGGACGUAUGGGCCGACCGCAGUCUUUACAAUCUUCACAGCUGGUUGGACCCAAGCCGAAUACCGUGCGUGCCAGCUGAUGCCUUGGGUUCUAAUGCUCCGGGGUCCAACCCCGGCUUCACAAAGCAUCUUCCUUGACUACCUGUCGAAACUGAACGUUGUAUCGCUGUACCAAUCGCUCAGGCACAGGCACCUUUUGGUAUCCCUCUGCGUGGCAGGCUCGUUAAUCCUCAACGGCAUCACUGUGCUUUCCACUGGUCUCUUCGAACUUGACUCAGUGCUCAUAGCCCGUCCUUCAAAUCUGACAGUAUCUCAUAAGUUCGACUAUGCUAGUUUUGACCCUAGGUCACAGUCGGCCAAGGCCUAUGCUCAAUGCAUGGCAUUUUUUGGCCUUAACAUGACUCGCCCUGUUGGUCUCUAUGGAGAUUACGUUUACACCCCUUUCCAGCCAGCCGAAUCAUAUUCGCUAGGAAAUGACACAAUUCCCGCGGAUCGCAGCUAUGAGGCAAAUUUACAGGUCAUUGAGCCUUCCUUCGAUUGCCAAAAUGCCACUAUAACCUGGAAGUACGCCAAGAAACGUGGUUACCGAGACCUAGCGAUAUACACCACCCCCGACGGUUGUCGCCUUGAACAAUUUUCUCCACCUUUUCCAAUGAUGACGUCUGACUUCAACAUUGGCCUUCAAUGGAGCCUCGGAGGAUGUCAGCAUCAACGGAGUAACGAGACCGAAGUUAGUGAGUUGGAAUCAUAUACAACCAACUGGGAUGCCGAUUUGCGGCUUUGGGCAGCCAUUGGUCCAUCAGUAAUAUAUGGCAUGUCACCAAAUGAGGCUAGAGAGGCAUUGGACACCACGGUGUGGGAAAAGCAUCCACUGCAUGUUACUGUGUGUAAGCUCCGCUACACGGUAUACCAAGGCCCGGUAAGGAUCUGGCGCGAGGAUGGACAGAAUGCUAUUUCUGCGCAUAUCGAGCGUGACAGUUUGAAUAUCACAGAAGUGAUCACCGGUGUACAGGCAUCAAAGCUCCUGUAUAGUGGUUUCCAAUCGGCGUCGACGAACGGCUUGUGGGACGAUCAGAUGGCCGGUGAUCAGUUUACCUUUGCAGCAGAUGGUAAAUCCCGGAAUGACUUUUGGGCAAAUAUGACGUUGUUUAAUAAUGUUAUAACUCGUUCAUUGUCGUGUCUUGUGCAGCAAACGGUGAAGGAUCAGGUCCUGCAAAUUGACCCGCAUCAUGUGGAGGGAACGGGAAAAUGGUUUGUGAAACGAUUAUUUUUGCGUCAGAUGUCAUUCUUCCUGAUGGCAAGUCUUCUGGUUUUGCUGAUUACUAUUGUGAUCAUUCUUCUAUGUUUUUUUAUCCCCGUCGCCGUGUGUCCACGAGACGUUGGGUCCAUUGGAGGACUUGCUACUGUGUUUUCCCGAAGUUCGGAGUUCAUGGACGCAUUUUGCGGAUCGCAGUGCAAGUCAGAAGAAGAGAUGGCGCAAUCCAAACUGGGUCAGGCCCAGUAUAGUACUUUGAUCGAUCCAAAGGGGGCUUUUAUGCUUGUUCCUCAGGAUCAAUCAUCGCUCCAAUCCAUCGAGUCUAGUGACGACAAAGACUCUUCACCUACCUGGUGGAAACCGUUUUCUACCACAUUUUUCAUUCGAACUACUGUCGUUUUGAUCCCUAUAGCCGUCAUUAUAGGUCUCGAGGUCGUCUACCACAUCUCUACGAGUGAACGUGGGAUCACCCUUGUCGAUGGAAAGUCUCCUUACAUUCACUAUCUCUGGGUCUAUAUUCCAGCGUUGGUCAUGUUUAUCAUUCGUUGUCUGUUCACAUCUGUUGAAUUUGGCACACGUACUGUCCAGCCCUAUUCCCGUCUCUGGGAGGGCCGUGCUCCCCCCGAGACAACCAUCCUAGAGAACCAGCUACGCAAGAUCGCCCCCUACGCCGUAUUUGAUACACUUAGAAAGCAGCAGUGGUCGCCAGCUGCAGCUACAAUAUCCCUUUUCCUCGCCACUCUCAACCCCAUCGUUGUCUCUGGUCUUUUUACUACCAAAGUCUCCGGGCCUACAUCCCCCGUGAAUCUCACCCAGAUCACCCGCUGGAACCUAGGCGACCCUGCCUCUCCUGGCCACGAUAUGAGCUACUGGGAGUCCCACGACUUUAUCACCGAUAGUACAGCUGGUCUCAUCCUAAAUUUCAAUUACUCUGAUCCACAGUGGACAUAUAAUAACCUGGCUUUCCCGCAAUUCAAACUCGCCGACACUGACCAUCUAUCGCCAAACACUGGAUCCCUCGACGCACGAAUUCCCGCCCUCCGCAGCCGCUUUAUUUGUGCACCAGAUCCGGCCAACGGCGGUUGCGAGAUUCGAAGGGGGGGAUUGUGGUGCGAGCUAUACUCUCCAUGUUUCGUCCGUGUCUCUGGGGGUUCCAUCGCCAAUGAGAUCGACUAUGUGCUCGCUAGCCCGUUCAAGCUGUCAGGCAAUGCGCCUUCAAACUGCUCCACGCACGCCUUUCUAUACCUCAAAAAGGGUCCAAAUAAUGCUGCUUCCACCGAUUAUCAUUAUAUAUACUGUAACGCCACUAUCGAAGAGGUAGAAGUCGACACAAAGUUUCAACUCCCUUCGCUUUCAAUUGAUACCGAUACCCCUCCCAGAGUCGUGGAAGGCUCAGCUCGGACACCUUUCAAUACAACCCGGCACACAUUCCCAAGCCUUCACGAUCUAAAAGAUCUCUUAUUCAAAUCCGAUCCCACUUUCAAUGACGCCAUCCUGGAAGCUGUUUCAAAUGGUAUCAAUGGCGUCCCGUUAGAUGAACUUCUUGAUCCGGAAAAACUGAGCAAUCGACUCAGUGCGGUUUGGGGUAUCAUUAUAGCACAACUACUCGAUACAAAUGCUCGGGAAUCCUUUGACGACCCCUUCAACGCAACCUACUUUGUUGAGCCCGCCAUCAUGGAAGCACCUAUUUACACUGGUGUCUUUCACGAUGGAAGAAAUUACCUCGUGCAAAACGAACUCUCGACUCGAAUUCUAGACGGCUUGCUUGGUAGCAUGGUUAUAUGUGCGCUGAUAGCACUUUAUGUCAUGCGUACCGAUGGAAUAUUGCCCAAGAGUCCAACAAGUAUUGCUUCUGUUGCAAGUUUACUCUAUGGAUCGCGCAUCCUGGACUCUUUCAUGCCCCAUGGCUCGGAAUGGCAAUCCGAUGAGGAACUCAAAGAGCGGGGUGUGUUUGAGGGACGCUCGUUCUCGAUGGGCUGGUGGGAGGUCAAGCGACAGAGGAUUCGGAAUGGAUCUGGUGCUUCUAGUGUUUCUACACUUGCUGAGGAUGAGACUCCGGCACGAGAUUCGUUCGAUCGAAUGCCCACUCCCCCCAGUGGCCAUGACGGUGGCGAGCAGCGGAUUAGAUUCGGCAUCGAUGCUGACACUGCGGAUACACUGGUGUUGCGUGAUAUUUCUCGUAUUUGA